UCGGGCUGUCAUGGCUGUGAGAAUGGUACACAGUACGUAUUUACUGUAUACGCCUACAGGUUGGCAUUAUUACUUCCUGCUUCCCGAUCGGUAAGUCAUCAGAUCGGAUUGUAAACAGAUGGACUUAAACGGGUCAAUCGGUUAGAUGGCAUCAUCUAGCUUGAUCAUCUGGCUGUACUGGUCUUGUAUUGUGCUCAUGUUGCCAUGGCAACCUGCAUCCGUUCUGGCUCCAACCACUACCUCUUACAACUGCACACUUUUGACCCUGGAGGCUGACCCCAAGGUCGCCCAAGCAGGCAGCACUGUUCGUCUCAACUGCAGCCUUGGCUCGCAAUCAGACCUGCAAAGAAGGCCCUACAUGUACAAUGCCAGCAACGUGCAGUGGUUUCACAAUGGCAGCAGCCUGAUGCCGGGGGUCCGGAUCCAGAACGUGGAAGCUGCAGGCACUUCUCAACUGAUUUUGAAUGGAGUAAGGAUUGAGCAUGGCGGAAGGUACAGCUGCUGUCUCAAUGCGUCCUGCGCCGAAGAAGCUUGCUUUGCCAGCCUAGACAUCCUCAUAGGCUGGCCGCCGGAGAAAGCGACAGAUUUGCGAUGCACAAGCAACGAUCUCAAAAUUGCAAACUGCACGUGGACAAGGGGUGGACAGCACAGUAACCUCCCAAGCAAAGAUGUCCUAAAACGCAAAGCAAGUAGAAAAGAGUGGCAGCUGUGCAAUGAUGAGGCAGAUGCCGUCUGCACGGCCACAACCUGUCAUUUGUGCUGCUCUGAAGCCAAUAUGUGGCACACCUAUCGUGUGGAAUCCUCCAAUGUGCUUGCUACCGUCUACUCCAAUGAAACCAUCUUUAAUCUCGACACUGAAACAAUACCGGAUCCUCCGACAGGUGUAACUGUGACCAACAGAUCCUACUCCUCCCUCAACGUUCACUGGUCCACCCCCCCGGCAUUGGCCCACCAUCAUACCGAGGAGGGGGCCCUAAACCUUAUUGGCUUCUGUCUCCAAUACAAGUGGGAGGGCAGUAAGACUUUCACCAAAAUCAAGGCUGACUCUACGGACUACACAAUAAAUAACCUAACACAUCCAUACGGCCUGUACCAAGUCAAGGUUGGAACCUUCUUAAAACACACUGAAAAAAAAAAAUGCUGGAAGUUUUCAAAAAAGGUCUUUGGUCGUACAACAGAAGUUGCGCCUGUAAAUUCUCCUGGGAGUUUCACUUGUCCAGUCUCUCUUGACCAGGGGGUUGACCAGGAGGAUAUCCAGAACGUGGAUCUCAGCUGGAAGGCAGUGCCCAAUGAGUACAAACAGAAUGGAGAAAUCCUCGGCUAUCAGAUUGUGGUUCAUAACCAGAAUGUGAAGCAUCAUGUUACGGAAGUGGCCGUUGGACCUAACAUCACCAGUCACAGGAUCCAAGGCCUGCUCACUAGUAGACAUUACAACAUCAGCUUACAGACACGUAACUCCAUGGGACUGUCUGACCCCAAGUGGUGUUCUGUACCAAGCAUUUCACCAGGUGCAUCCUUGUGGCCAGUGUUUGUGUCCGUACCUAUCCUGUGUUGCCUGCUCGUUGUGUUGUGUAUGGUUUGGGCCAAGAAGAAAUACAAAAGCUCCAUCAGGAGAUGGCCUGCAGCCAGACUGCCCACGCAAUUCAUAAAUAACAACAUUACCCAUGCUCGGGGUCUCACACUGGUCCGAGAGAGGGAGGUGUUUGAUGAGCUGCCUAUCAAAGAGCAGGUCCACAGCGACAGUAGCCAGGAUGGAGGAUUGAUUCUGAUUGGGGCUCACAGAGGCGCUUGUGGUGGGCGAUCACAACCAGUAGCAUUGGAAUUGCAAGGCCUCGGCCAAGUGAAUGCGGGCAGUGAUACAGACAGCUUAAGUACCAUCUCGCCAGGCAAUAAGCAACUCCCUAGCAGCCGCAUCAGGUAUCCCUCGUCAGAAGCCUCCUCGCCCCACAGUCCAUUGAGCGUGGCCAGUGGCGGCAGCUACAUGAUUCUAAAGGAUCCCAUCCACUCUCACAUUCGGGAGGGUCUAUCUCCGGAUGACAGGGAUCGACAGAGGAUGGGAAGCGAUCCGUCACCAGGCCUUGUGGUCAAGGAUGAUGUCACUGGGUCGGCCUCCCGCUUUGUUUGGGAUGAAGGGAUCAUUGAUGGACGAUCCUUACGUCUUAGUAUCUUCACAGAAACUGGUGACCAUCCCUUGGGGUCACCUACUUCUUCUUUAAAUAGCCCUAAAAAAUGCCCUCAUUGCCACUCAAUCAUUCAAGGUAAGAGACACGCACCUAAUGAGUCCCAAACUGAUGCCUCAGUCACAGGUGAAAGUAGGUCUCCAGGAUGGGGGUUAGUACCAGUUGCCGAGGAGAAAGAUGAGAAGGAAGAAACACAUGAGCAGAGAGAAAAUCCAGAUGUUUUCUUCGAUUGGGGGGAGCCUUCAGUAAUGUGGGAAAGCCUUCCCAAUAUCCCAAGAAGUGAUGCUGCAAGACCGAAAACAGAACCGCUGAUGGAUUCUAAGAGAGGAGAAUUAAAUCUUGCAGCAGGUUACUGUGGGAUGAAUCAGGGGGGCUCAGAGAAAGUGGCCAAAGUAGAAAGAACAGCUGCAUCAGAUUAUUGUAAGAUGAAGAGCCAGAUUGGCGUGGAUGAAUCUGUCAAGUCUCCAGAGGGAAUUGAUGGAAGUGUUUGGUCACAGUGGCCUAGGGAUGCAUGUCAUGCCGAGGGUUUUCUUUCCGACCAAGAGCCCCUGCUCAGUCCAGAUUCGACUGUUUCUUUGCCCAUCGACUAUGAGAGUCUGAAUUAUGUCUCUGUUUGCACGGAUGGAAGUGAUGAAGACAUGGAGGAACAGGAAGCAAGUUCACAGCUUAACACCAGCAAGCCCCUCAAUGAUUCCGAUGAUUUAGCUAAGCAAAGGGACAACAGUUCAGCAGAUUGUCAGGCUGAAGGUAACGGCAAUCCAAACCACCCGUCUCUUGCUCCUCCAAGAAAGAAUGACGAUUCAUUGGUUGUGUCCGAGACAGGAGAAUUAUCUCCUUCAGAAGGUUACUGUAGGAUGGACCAGGUGGGCUCAAAGAGAGCCACGUCCGAGGGAGAAAGCACUCCAGCAUCAGAUUACUGCGAGAUGAACCCGAUUGGGUUGAAUGAAUUUACCGAGACUUUAAAAGGAAACAACAAAGGGAAUGAUUGGUCACAGUGGAAUAGGGAUACAGGUGAUGGCGAGGUGUUUCCGUCUGAGCAGGAUCCCCUACUCAGUCCAGGUUCCAGCAUUUCCUCACCCCUUUGUGAAGAUGGCAGUUUACAGGGUUCUAGUCUUCUUAAAGAUUAUGAAAGUCUGAAUUAUAUCUCUGUUUGCACGGAUGGCAGUGAUGAAGAAGAGGAGGAACAACAAACAAGUGAGGCCACACGGUCCCUUCACAAUUCCGAUGCUUCAAUCAUGCAAAGGGACUCCAGCCAGGGCAUCAUUACAAGUUUAGAGGACCGUCUUGCUGAGAGUGAUAACAGGCCAAGCGAUGUAGCUCUUUCUUCAGAUGAAGGCUUCGAAGAACAACAAAAGCAAGUACCGGUAACAUGAACUGCAGCUUCAUCUCUUUCUGUUUUUGUUUAGUCCUGGGCAAGACGUCGUUGUGAUUUGAUAUGCGAUAAGCCAUCGCCACGAAAGCUAUCACAAUGAACUGCUAUCACCCAGGAACCGCGAGCCAGCAACAAUGUGCAGGGAAUCUUGUGAAAUCUUCUAGUUUUACAAGAGCGCAUUUGCUACUUCUGUACGGUCAUUUUCUGUCCCACGCAUACUGAAUGCCACAAAAGAGCUGCCCAGUGGUUGUCAGCUUACACAUUCCAGUGACACAGCAUCUGGUCAACAGUGCAACUAUCUUGAAAAUCAAGAUCAAGACAUAUUGCAUUGGAAAGCUUUCGCCAGGAAUUUCGGUUGCUCGGGAAAGCAGAGCCUGAAACAUUAUGCUGGACAACAUCCUUACAUGCAUUUUUGAGAAAACAGUAUGAGAAAUGUAUUAAAUGAAUGCAUUAGAUCACAUUUGCAUAUAAUACUUUGCCAACUAAGUUACAUUGAAAAAAGUGGAUGUUGUUACGGCUUUUUGCUUGCCAUGUAUAUAGUUACCAUUCUGCCAUUUUUAACAUUCCAUGUUUUAUAAAAUAAUGCUUGCCUCACAGUACAUGUAAUGUAUGUAUUUUAUGAAGAAGUAAAAUUCCUAUUUGCAGUCAAACCACUUGCCAAAAGAAAUCAUGCCAACAGUAUUUGAAAUCAAGACCGUCCAAGUUUGUGUGUGUGAUGAAUUACAUGUAACUUGUGAUCAGCCAGUACACAAUAGGUCAAAUAUUUAAGAGGCAUAAAAAUGUACAUAUGUGUAGAGUAUAAACAACUGAACUGUAUACUAACUGGACUAGAUGCUAUACCUGAUUUGCACUUUGAAGCAACUGAUUUCGCCAUCUUGGAUCCCCAAAAUC